AUGCAAACUGAAAUUCAAAAAAUAAUAUGCCAAAAUCAUUAACGUGAUAUAAUAGCCAUGAAUCUUGACAGUUUACAAAUUGGCUAAAUUUAAUAUUUAUGUUGUAAAUGCUUAGUUGAAAAAAUGAAUGAUGAUAAAAUAUAAGCAAUUGAAGAAAUAAUAGAUAGAAUAUCAUCUCUAAAAACCUAAAAAAAGUAAAAUAAGAUUUAAGAGACUUAAAUAAGAUUAGAUUACUUCAAGAACAUACUUUAUUAAAUAAUGGAGUUAAAACGAAACGUAAUGUUGAGGCUACAUUCGAUAAGAUCCAUUUUCAAAUACAAGCUCAAAUUUGUACUAUUCAACAGGAGCACUAAUCUUUUUUAGAGUAAUUCAAAGUCGAACAAACUUUAUAAAAGGAUAUUUCAUCUUUGGCUGAAUUUUUUUAAAUAGAUAUUAGGGAAAAGCAAUUAAAAUUUUAGCAGGAUAUCCAUUUAAUUGAAGAAAUUGAGGAGUAAUUUGAGCUCUUUCUGAAUAAUUAAGAAUAUUUCUAAGCUCUAGUAACUUUUAAAGUGGCUAAAUAAAAAAUAAACGAAGUAAUAGAAAAUGUUAAAGUUGGAUUAAUGCCACACAAAGAUAUGCUAUUGUAAAAUAUAAACUAGAAAGAGAAAAAAAAUAACACUACCAUAUAAUAGUAAAAAUUAAAUGAAAACACCUUCGAUAAUAUAUAAAUUUAGUAAAAUGUAAAAAUUGCCUAAAAUGAUCUACUAAUAAAUAAAAUUAUAAAGGAAUUAGAACUUAAAAGACAAUUCAUUGAUCCGAUUUUGUAGUUAAAACCAACUUUACUUCGAGAUGAUUACUGGCAUAAAUUAUUUUAUAUUUUAUAGGCAAAAAUGAAUAGAAAUAUCAGAAAUUCAAUUUUAAUCUAUUAAGGAUCAAAAGAUGGAUUAAAUGCAAAAUAAUAUUGGUAUAAAGUUAAUGGAAGAUCAAAUUUGCUUAUGAUAUUUUAAUCCAAAAGUAAUUAUAUCUUUGGAACAUAUUCUCCUUGUACAUGGGAAUCAAAAAAUGGAGUAUGGGUAGAGGAUAAUACAUUAUCAUCUUUUAUAUUUUCAUAAACCCAUGAUCAAGUUUAUCCUCUAAAGUAGGAUAAGAAGUAACAAGCUAUAGGUUUAAAUUCAAGCUAUGGACCUCUAAUUGGUGGUGGGGAUGAUCUUUUCAUAGAUGGAGAUUUUACUUAAGGAUAUUCUAGAUUAGGUGGUUCAUAUUAAUUUUAGUAUUAUUAGUAAGGUAAUAACGAACCUUAUUUAUAUGGAUAAAUAUAACCAGAAAUUAAAGAAUGUGAAAUAUAUCAGUUAUUGUUUUGA